AUGUCAAUAUCCGAAGAGCUUGCCAUUUCCAUCCCACUUACAGAACUGCCUGAAACCGCAUCUCAACCUCCAUCAUGGUUUCGUACUUGUUCGAGCAUGUUGCAUCACGUGCAUGUUGGGAUACUUCUUGGGGUAUAUGCUUCAUUGAUCGAACUCCUUCAAUUGAAGUAUCAAUCCAAAAAAGAAUCUGUGUUUGAAACUCAUACUUGCUUUAUGAGCAUAUCAAUGGCUGCAAUAAUUAUAUUUGCACCGACUUAUUGGAUUUUGUAUCAUAUAAACAACAAAAAUUCCAACACGACUACUCGGUUAUCAUCCCCUUCCCUUCCUCAUAUGAUCUUAGUAAGUCUUGCUUUCUUCUCAAUAAUCCUUGCCAUUCUAUCCCUUGUGUUUGUCUUGCUCCUUCCUCAAAAUCUCAUGUGGAUUGGAUAUUUAGCUACAUGUUUACUCAUUAUAGCCAUACUAGCAUACACUUCUAUCGACAAGGUGAUUUCACUUGGAAGGAAUACGCACAUGGAAAUUUCAAAUCUUGUCAACUACAUCAGAAACAAGCUUUGA